AAUUCCUUGUACGUUUUCUGCUUCGAAGGUUAAAGAGCUUUGAGGCAGGAGGAGCCUACAAGAAGGUGUGGGGGAAUAACCAGGAUGGUGUGGUGGCCAGCCAGCCUGCCCGGGUGAUGGACGAUCGGGAACAGAUGGCUAUGAGCGGCGGCUACAUCCGAAGAGUCACUGAGGACGCUCGGGAAAAUGAGAUGGAGGAAAACCUGGAUCAGGUGGGAAGCAUCAUCGGAAACCUGCGACACAUGGCUCUCGACAUGGGCAACGAGAUCAGCUCCCAGAAUGCCCAGAUUGACCGGAUUGUGACCAAGGGGGAUAUGAACAAAGCUCGUAUUGAUGAAGCCAACAAACAUGCCAACAAGAUGCUGGAGAGUGGCUGAAGGAAAGGAGUCCAUUCAGCCAGCCCACUCUCACUGCCAGAUUCCCCAUCCCAUUCUCCACUUGCAGCAUCUGAAAGGUCCUGGAAGGGCAACUCCCCCUGUGCUGUGAUAGGAAACCACAAGGUUCAAUAUCUUUGUGUACAUUUUAAUUUAUUUUGUAAUUUUUUCAGUGUAACAAAUUGUUCCAUUUGUGGAAAGUGUAUCUUUUUAAAUGUGAGUUUGUAUUAAUGCCUGUCCGAAGAGUAAAUGGAGUGUAUUCAGUUUUUAAUCUUGUACUCGUCAGUGGUAUUUUUUAUGUUCCAGUCGUUCUCUGUAAUUGUAAUAAACAUGAGCACAAAGAA